GCAAACCCUCUGAAUAUAUAUGUAAAGCAGGGUUAAAGCGUAGGCUUUUUUCCCAACAAAAAAGUAGUGACAGUAUAAAUUCGAAAGCGAAAAUUACAAAUUUCGCCUCGAUUAUUAAUCUAUUCAAAGAAGCAGAGAGUUGAAAGGCAGCAUUCAAAUCAUUUACACAUUUAUUUUCAUAAUUAUCUACUUAUAAGACAUCUGGAAAGAAUAUUAAAUCAUCAGUUGAAAAUCAGUCGUGAAUCGCCGCCAGGAUCUACUUCAAAAUGACUCAAAUAGAACAUAGAAGACGAAUAGAACUAUGUUUGCUUGUACUGAUCUCCAUUCUGCUGCUUAGUCUGAGCAUACAUGUCACUGGCUCCACAUCGAAGAAACUCUUUGGUCAUGCUAAACUGGAAGGUGGUUAUGAGACCAAAGAUCAAAUUGGUCCUCUGCCGAUAUUCUUAUACUCAAGGACACUGCAAGCAGAUGAUCUUAUCGAUGUGUUGGAAGAAUUGAAGAAUUAUGUAGCGCGUUAUGACCAUCAAAUUGUAUGUGGUGAUAUGAAACCGAAAGAUGAUGUCUGUAGAAUGGCCAUGAACCAACUCGCCUUGAAAUAUUUUCACGCUGCUCUUAAUGCCACAACACAGAUGAGACUAAAAUCGUAUGUUUGGAGACAAACAUAUAGUGAUCGGCUUUACGGCGUAAUGUUGAUACUUGAUCCGAAACAAGAUGAUGAGCAAGAUGAAAUGCGACAAAUUCUCAGAGCAUCUACUUAUCAAAGAGACGCUUGUUCUAGUAUGUUAUUGGAAUCAGGUAAUAAUGAACGCCUGAGGUAUAUUCGACUGCAUAUUGGUCCAGACAGAUCAGCAACUGGAUUUAUGAGACAAGUGAUGCUCAGACAGUUUGUCCAGGAGAGUACUCAACUUUAUCUGUGCAGUGAAUACAAAGCAGCUGGUGUACACACAGUUGCUAUAUUCGCUAAUCAACUGUCAGUGGAACAUUUCAUCAACUCAGGAUUUCAAGUGGUUGAAUGCGGUUCAAAGUUGUACGAUAUCUGUGGAAAUAGUUGGUUUAAGAAUCGAUGUUUAAUGGAGAGAAAAAAUCAAAGCCGAAGACUGUCGAUGACGGGGAUAUUCGUGAUGGUGAUGAUAAUGAUGUGGAUAAUGAAAUGAUUAUGAUUAUUGCAAAAGCUGAAAUAUAUUCAUUUCCCAAAUCUCGUCAAUAUUAUAAAAUUAAUAAGUUAAUUCAUCUGAUCUGGCUGACUGAUGUGAAGAAAUAUUAAUACUUUCAAUAAACCGA